UGUCACCGAUAGCAAUAUUGUCGCACAACUUUUAACUCUGUUGUGCAAUUUUUCUUGUAAUUUAUCUAAAUAUCUUCUCUAUCUUCAUUCGAAAUUGUUAGUCUAAUUCAGGCAUACUAUUCUACCAGUCGCUGAUCAAGUUGGCGUUAAAACAGUGAAAAUGCGGCUCGUAGAUUCAACAAAACUUUUAGAACUUCAAAACAAACCUACAAAUAUUCGGAAUAUUUGUAUCGUGGCCCACGUGGACCAUGGAAAGACUACUUUGGCAGACUCCCUGAUAUCGAGCAAUGGGAUAAUAUCGCAGAGAAUGUCGGGGAAGCUCCGUUACAUGGACAGCAGGCCUGACGAACAGGAGAGAGGUAUUACUAUGAAGAGCAGCAGUAUCUCGUUGUACCACUGUGUUGAUCAGCAGGAGUACUUGGUAAACUUGAUAGACUCGCCUGGGCACAUCGAUUUCUCCAGUGAAGUGUCCACUGCGGUCAGACUGUGUGAUGGUGCAAUUGUUGUGGUUGAUGUUGUAGAAGGAGUAUGCCCACAAACCAGACUCGUCCUCAAACAGGUGUAUUCAGAAAACAUCAAGGCAGUUUUAGUACUGAACAAGAUAGACAGGCUCAUAUUAGAUAUGCAGUUAACACCGCUGGAUGCUUACGUACAUCUGAUGCAGUUGUUAGAACAAGUCAAUGCGGUAAUGGGAGAGCUGUUUACUACCGAAGUGUUUGAGAAUGAGGAAUCUACUAUGGAGAAACAGCAACAAAAAGAACAGCUGAAUAAAGAAGACAAUAAUUUCUACGACUGGACCUCCGCCCUGGAUGAUGCUGAUGAUUCCAACCUUUACUUUUCUCCUGAGCAUGGCAAUGUGGUGUUUGCCAGUGCGGCUGAUGGUUGGGGUUUUACUACUCACACAUUUGCUAAACUGUUUUCUGAGAAACUUGGUGUGAAAGAAGAAAUACUCAGAAAGGUACUAUGGGGAGACUUUUAUCUGAACACAAAAACAAAACGUUUCAUGAAAGGAGCUCAAGAAAAGGCCAAGAAACCUCUUUUUGUUCAAGUCAUUUUGGACAAUCUGUGGAAUGUUUACGAAACAGUUGCCAUGAGAAAUGAAAAGGAGAAAGUGCCUGUUAUAUGUGAGAAGCUUGGUAUUAAACUUACAACAAGAGAUCUGAGGCACACAGACUCUAGAGUCCAACUCCAAUCUCUCAUGGUUCAAUGGCUGCCUCUAUCAAAUACCGUCCUUAACAUGGUCUGCCAAAAACUCCCCUCACCAAAGGAGAUUCUCCCCGAAAAAGUGGAAAAACUAAUGUGCUCAAGAAUCCGCGAUUUCAACUCAUUCUUCCCUGAAACGCAGAAACUUAAAGAAGACUUCAUUGCCUGUGAUAGUACUGAAGAUAGGCCAAUAAUUAUUUUUAUAUCCAAGAUGUUUAAUGUUGACAAGAGUGUAUUACCUGAAAACAAGCCUAAGGUCUUAACAGCCGAAGAGAUGGCUUUGAGGAGAGAAAGAGCAAGACAGCUGCGAGAAAGAAAAGAGAAUAAUGCAAAUAUUGAAGGGGAGCCUAUAGAAGAGAAAAAAGAUGAUCCUGAAAUAGAAAAAGCAGCCGAGGAAGAUGUAGAUCAGCCAGUAUUUAUAGCUUUUGCUAGAAUAUUUAGUGGGAAAGUAAAGAAAGGGGAUAAAGUUUAUGUUUUGGGUCCCAAACAUGACCCUUCUAAAGUACUUAGUAAAGACUUCCAAGUAGAUCCUAAUAAGAAGUUGAAGGAUUUGCAGAGUGAUGAACAUGUUACUUGCACAGAGAUCAAAUCUCUGUACAUUCUAAUGGGAAGAGAAUUAGAAGUAAUUGAUGAAGCAAUAGCAGGAAACAUUAUUGGUAUCGGAGGUUUGGAAGAACAUGUACUAAGAACGGCGACUUUAUCUAGUACGAUAGCAUGUCCUGCGUUUAGUGAAAUGCAAUACUCAGUAGUACCAAUAUUGAGGGUAGCUUUAGAACCUACAUAUCCGUCGCAACUACCACAAUUAGUUAAAGGUUUAAAACUGCUCAACCAAUCAGACUCUUGCGUUCAAGUGCUUCUACAAGAAACGGGUGAACACGUUUUGGUAACGGCCGGUAAAGUACAUUUGGAACGAUGUCUCGAAGAUUUAAAGAAUCACUACGCAAAAAUACCAAUCACAGUAUCAGAACCAAUUGUUCCAUUCAGAGAGACAAUAGUAGAACCACCAAAAAUAGACAUGGCUAAUGAAGAAAUAGAUGCUCAAAAUGUCGUAGAUAAAGCCAUAGACAAAGAUAUAGAUCCAGUUAUAACAGUUUACACAAACAACAAACAAAGUAGAAUAAAGAUCAGAGCUAAACCAAUCCCGAACGAAAUAACAGCAUUAUUAGAUAGAUCAACUGAUUUACUAAAAGCCAUCUCACAACAUAUAAAAACAUUACAAGGUUUACACAAGAACGAUAAAAUAGAAAGCAAAUUAGAAGAAUUACAAAUUAAUGGAACCAACCAUAGACUAUCCGAUCGUAUGCUGAAGCUCAUAGAGUCUUUCAAAGACGAACUACAAACUAUUUGCGAAAAACUCGGCCCAGAGUGGAAGGAUAUUGUCAAGCAAAUAUGGUCUGUAGGCCCUAGGAAUUGUGGUCCGAAUUUGCUUCUUAAUCAAACUGAAGAUUAUAGGACGAAGUACCUUCAUCAUGAACAAGAUAUUACUGAAGAUCCCCGGUUUGAAUAUGAAAGCAGUUUUGUGAAUGGUUUUCAAUUGGCGUCUUUGGCUGGCCCAUUGUGUGAUGAGCCAAUGAUGGGUGUGGCGUUCUGUGUUGAAGAAUGGUUUUUGGAUAAGUCGGCUGGAGAUGACGUGUCGCAUUUUGGUCCUCUAUCAGGUCAAAUAAUGUCAGCAGUGAAGGACGGCUGUCGGAAAGCGUUCCAGGCACAACCACAACGUUUAAUGGCGGCGAUGUACACCUGCGAUAUUGUCGUCGAUCAAAAAGUAUUAGGCAAGCUGUACGCAGUGCUCGGCCGUCGCGGCGGACGCAUCGUAGGCAGCGACCUGCAGAGCGGCUCAGCAUCGUUCAGGGUGCACGCGCUGCUGCCGGUGGCUGAGAGCUUCAAGUUCGCGCUGGAGCUCAGGACUCAUACGUCGGGGCUCGCUGCACCGCAGAUGUUGUUCAGUCAUUGGGAGGUGAUAGACAUCGAUCCAUUCUGGAAGCCUCGCACGGAGGAGGAGUACCUACAAUGGGGAGAGAAAUGGGACGGAGUCAACAGGGCGAAGGCCUACAUGGAUGCCGUCCGCACAAGGAAAGGGCUAGCCACCGACAAACAGCUCGUACAACAUGCUGAGAAGCAGAGGACGCUCUCCAAGAAUAAAUAAACAGCAUAGUAGAAUUAAUCAAUAGUUACGCUAGAACUAUAUACCUUCCUAUAGAAAACCCGCGUGACAACCCUGAUUUAGAUAGAGAUCCUUAAGAAUCGCGGGGUGAAUGAUCAAGUUUAUUUUGUUAGUAAAAUGUUUUGAUUGUUACAAAAUACCUGUAAAAAUGCUACCCAUUAAAUGCAAGCUUUAGGUAUGACUAGAUAAUUCUCAUAGAUUAAUUAGAUGCCUUACACUCAUAACCUCACGCUACGAUGCCUUACACACAACAGAUAAGCUUUUAAUCAAUAUACUUACAUAUAGAUUAAAAUACCAUUAUCGCAAUAUGUGUGAUAAAUCUAAGCACGGUAGUCUGUGCUUAACAUCUUAUGUAUUAAAACCAAAAACAUAUAUGUAUUCUAAAAAUAUUUACAUGUACCUAUGUUCAUGAUUACUGGAUGGAUUUUGAUGAAACUUUGCAGUAAUAUGGCUUAAAUCAGAGUAUCUAUCAUAAAGGCAAAUUUUUAUCCUAUGUGUCCCACAAAUGGAUAAAAAGUGUUGAGCGAAAGUAACCCUACCUAUAGUAGAACUACCACUUAGGAAAAAAUAAUUUCACACAAGGAAUUCAAGUAACACGCAGUAAAAAUAGAAACAGUAAUUUUCACGCAACGUCGGUAACUAAAAAUAUCGUAUGACGUCAGAACGAUGACGUCAAAGCAAUCCAAUUAUCAUAUUUAUUAAAAUACUCGAAGUAUUUUUACUAUAUAUAAUACUCUUUUAGACACGCGUGUCGUUAUUGAAGUGGAACGAAUACAAAUACAUACUUACAAUUCACAAAAACCUUUAUAUUUUGGUUGCCAGUAGGAGGUUACAUUGGUCUUAGCAUUAUAACACAUUGAACUUUUGCAUUAAGUUACAAUUAGGACUUCGUUUUUCCCUUAUCUAGUAUUGUUCAAAUUCACAAAAGCUUAUCAGUUUAGAAAUCAUUCAUUAUGAGGGUACUUUUCGAAUGUAAUAAAAUAUUCUAGUAGCAAAGUACAAGUGAUUAUUUUACCAUCAUAACGGGAGGUUUCCAUUUUGAAAAUUUAAAUACAUAAAAUAGUUCCCAAGAAAUUCAGAUUUCUGGAUAUUUAUAUUGCACUAAAAUAUUUUAGACACAAACACCUGCACAUUUUCAUUGCUUGAAACACAUUUAUCGGUAGCAUAGGCCUCCAAACAUCGUCACAACGAUAAUUAUAAAAUAUAAUGAAAAUAUUUAACUAAUAAUUUGAACUAUUUGGUGCCAAAACCAAUCCAAACAUAAUAAAUACUAGGUACUUAAUACCGAUUUAGGACUAUCAAAAUAACGCAAACCUUUAGUUUAUAACUAUAAGAUUAGUUUUAUAUUUCAAGAUAAUGGCUUUUGAAAAACUUAGUUUAUCUCUCUAUGAAUUCUUUAUCUUUAUAGAUUUAGUAAAGUUGUGAUUAAAACAGUGUUGCGUAUAAUAAAAUUGUAAACGAAAUAUUGUAGUGGUUAUAAAUACAUAGUAUUUAUUUAUUAUAACAGUUGUUUAACAAUUGUAUUUAAUGUACUUUUCAUACUCCUAUUUUUAAUAUAAUGUUAGAAAAAUA